UAACAGAUCUUAUGAAGUUGGAUCUGUAGAGCCACAAUAUUUAGUAUAACGAAACAAGGACUUACGCAAGUUGUAUAUGCCAUAACCUAACCUGUAAAUUCAUAAGAAUGCUCCGCCUGAAAUUAACGUGAAAGGGUUCAGAGGUCUUACAGCGUUUCGUACCCAUUAUAUUAAUUAAGAUUACUUGGAUUGUACACUCAGAAUUCAUCUAAAAUGGAACAAAGCUGCCGAUGGAUGCUGAUCUUGUUCAUGUGCCUUAUCACAUUGCCAGCUUUGUUAUCUGAGAAAUGUUUCAGCAGAAGCCAGAAAACACAUCUGCAUCUUGCAACUAAAACACCUUAUCGUUACAUAACCAACAAAAAUGAUUCAGUUGUUCAUUAUCCAGGUUGUAAUAUACUUCAAGUAUGGAUGAUUGUUCGCCAUGGAACACGUUACCCUAGCUCUAAAAUUAUACGAAAGAUGAGGGAGAGAUUGCCUCUGUUACGUGAUUUGGUAGUACAAAACCAUAAAUUAAAACGAGGCAAGCUUUGUAAGGAAGAAAUAGCUGCACUACAGGCCUGGUCUCCUCAUGUAGAAGAAGCUGAUGAGAAACGUCUGGCACAUGAGGGUGAAGAUGAAAUGAUCCAAUUAGCAGAGAGGUUUCAGAAUCGCUUUCCUCAGAUAUUACCAGACAUUUAUACAAAUUCAACAUUUAAGUUUCGACAUACUGCAACUCAACGUACUGCUGAAAGUGCUCGUCAUUUUACUGUUGGGCUCUUUGGGCGAAGAGUGAGUAGGUAUGUUUGGUUUCCAGAAGCUAUAUACAGAGAUCCAGUUCUCAGGUUUUAUAAAUUAUGCCAAAAAUGGCGAUUAGAAGUAGAUAAAAAUCCACAUUCUUUGUCAGAAAGAAUGAAAUUUGAGGAGGGACCAGAAAUGUCUGCUGCACUGAAAGAUAUCAGUUUUCGUUUGGGAUUCAGUGAAACCAUUAGUAUUGGUGAUGCUGUUAUUUUAUAUAUUACUUGUUCAUUUGAGAUAGCUUGGGAUCAUCGUGCACAUUCUCCAUGGUGUGCUGCAUUUUCAGAAAGUAACAUGAAGGUUUUUGAGUACACAGAAGAUUUGGAAUACUACUGGAUUGAUGGAUAUGGGUACAACAUCACAUACAGACAAGCCUGUCCACCUGUGAAAGAUAUGAUGCAACAUUUUCUUGCAGAAGAAGUGCCUGGAGGAGAGCCUAGAGCUCAGGCUGUGGUGUACUUCACUCACUCUGGCACUAUACUGAAGUUGCUAGCUCACCUUGGCCUGUACAAGGAUGAAAAUGUGUUACUUCAUACUAACUUCAACACAAUGGGAAGUUACAGAAAAUGGAGAGUUAGUCAGAUUGACAGCUUUGGAUCCAACUUAGCCUUUGUACUUUUCAGGUGCAAUAAACAACUGAAGGUGUUGACCUUACAUCAAGAGAGACCUGUUACUUUACCUGGCUGUCCUGAAGCUGAAUUAUGUCCAUUAAAUGUUCUGAAGGAGCAAUACAAGGAAAGUCUGAAUGGCUGCAACUUUGAACAUAUUUGUGGUCUGCUUCCAAAGACUGCUUGAUGUGAAAGAAUUUAAAAUUACUUUUGCCAAAUACUUUUAUAUAUGCAGCGAUAGCUGCCUUUUUUGUGAACAAACAUGUACUUUAUCUUUAAUCUGAAAUAUAAUUUUUACUUUAAAGCUA